CUAAAACGUUGAAAAGUCUAGUCUAUCAUCGUCUAUUAUUGGUCAUUUUUGGUCACUUUUGGUCGUUUUGGAUACGUACACUAGGGAAUAUCCUUGUACGCCAAGCCGUCCACGACCCCUGAAAAACGUGCUCAAUUCUUCUCAAGCCUUUCCCUUCACGGCCUUAACGGCCUCAACGGUGUCUGUUUCGAACCAUCGGGGGGUAACAUCUUUGAGCAAGUUUCCACCAGUCCGCCGAGGAUGACGGAGCUUCUAAGGAGCUGCUGUCCCUUUGGACGGAGGAGCUGAGGAGGCAACUUUAAACAUGGCACCACUUUGUCCCGGCAAUGGAUGCCAUCUUUAGACGGUGGCCUGCCUAACUAGGCUAUCUAGAGUCUGUCAUCCAGCCGGAUUCCGCUUGUAUGCUUGUCCACUUUAUCAUAUCUUUUUUUAUUAUAUUAUCAUCGAGUUCCACCGGCUUCUGCAAGUAACCGUUAGACCAUCCACCAACCAUCGACAGGAGCUAAUAAGCUUGCAGCCCUACCGCCCCAGGUAUUAAACCAGCCCCUUCCCGUCGCUCUGGUUGUUCUAGUCGCUGGUUCGUCUUGGAAGUUCGAACGCUUCUCUCAGCGUCUUGCCGUCGGGGCGAUUUGCAAAACGAUGGCGACCAUGGAGAACUCACUGGCACCUCGCCAUAUUCAAAAUUUCAGCGAGGCGGCCGCGCUGGAAAAGCAUUGGGGUUAUGUCGACAGAGCUGUUCCGUGUACGAACGAUCCCGGGUCUUGCGCCUAUCUCGACCAAGUCUACGGAUCCCACGAUUUGACUAUGGUCUACUCCGGUAUCAUGUGGGCGGCAAUUGCUGGAAUUCUCCUGAUUUGGACUAUGGCAAGACGUAUAUUCCCAUCCCCCCGAGCAGACGAAAUUCCGAGCGGCGCCGUCGACAGCGAGAGGGUAGCAAAGAUAGCUAGUCGACGCUCGCGAAUAAGGAGGACCGCCGCUGCAUUAGUCCGCCGAUAUCUACUACCCGACUCGGUCCGGUUCAUCUUUGGCCGGACGACGCGACUUCAAGUCUUGAUUCUGACUGUCCUAGCGGGCUAUUUGCUGAUAUUCAGCUUCCUUGGUAUCACCUAUCAGACGUGGAUCACGCCCGUGAAAAAGAUGCCCGGGGUGUACAACACCAGGACAAGUUUGGGACCGUGGUCUGAUCGAGUUGGUGUCUUCGCUUAUGCUCUUACUCCGUUGUCCAUCUUGCUAUCGAGCAGAGAAUCCAUUCUCUCCCUUCUCACCGGAGUCCCGUACCAGAGCUUCAAUUUCCUUCAUCGCUGGCUCGGCUACAUUAUCGUUAUCCAGGGAUCUCUCCACACAAUUGCUUGGUGUAUUGUCGAAAUCCGACUGUAUCAACCGCAGCCCACGACUGCGAUAGAAUGGGUCAAGCAGUUGUAUAUAAUCUGGGGAAUCGUCGCGCAAAUCCUGCUAUUGCUUAUCUUUGCCUUGAGUACCCCCUGGGGUAUUCGCCUCACCGGCUACGAGUUUUUCCGCAAGGCGCACUACGUUCUUGCGAUGGUGUAUAUCGGUGCUUGCUGGGGCCAUUGGGCGAAUCUGCAGUGCUUCUUGAUUCCUGGGUUGGCUCUUUGGUUCUUGGAUCGCGGAGUCAGGCUUUUACGCUCGGCCCUUAUUCACUAUCAAUACUUACCUGGCGGAUCCAUGGGUUUCCGAGCGGCGCACGCAUCUUUGACGCAUUUCCCCGACGCGGAGCACGGGGACGUAGUGCGUAUGGACUUUACUCACCCUCAGGAUGCGUGGAAAGUCGGACAGCACUUCUAUCUCUGCUUUACGCAGUGCAGCAUAUGGCAGUCUCACCCGUUUACACCGCUCAACCUGCCGAAGGUACAAGAUGGGCUUGUCUCGCACUCAUACAUCCUCAGGGCGAAGAAGGGAGAGACGAAGAAGCUCGCAGAGCUGACAGCAAAGAAACUAGCCGCAUCUCCUAGCGCAACAACUCCUUUAAUCCUAUCGGGGGCGUAUGGAGAAUCGAUAGUCGGAGGAUUAACGCCGGAUGUGAACGUGCUUUGCGUGGCUGGCGGUACAGGAAUUACAUACGUCUUACCGGUGUUGCUUGGAAUAAUAGAGCGGCCGGAAGUGAAGGACAGGAAAGUCCAGCUGGUCUGGGCGGUUAGGAAGAAGGAUGAUACCCGGUGGGUCGAGAAGGAGCUCGAUACCAUUCGCAAAGCCGCCAAGGCGCAUAAGAUCGAAGUUCACAUAUACGUGACGAGAGAAGCGAGCAGCAAGAGUCCGUCUAUAAACGACGAAGUAUUGGAGAAGGACGACAUAGCCAUAAAUGAGUCCGGGUUAAGUUCGUCUACCGUUUCUUCUAUCAAGGCCGUCCAGUCUGCGUCGUUUCUCAAUGUUCAAAAGAUCGGAGGGGAAGGAUUCGAUAAACACCCCGACCUGAACAAGAUAGUAAGAGAGUUCGUGGAUAACACCGUCAGAGGCUCCACGGCCGUAUAUGCUAGCGGACCAGGAGGGAUGAUAAGCGAUUUGAGGAGUAUUGUAGCAUCUUGUAAUUCUGGCGCCAAGGUCUGGCAGGGAAAUGGACGAUACGAUGUUAGCUUAAUAUGCGAUGACCGACUUGAAUGGUAAAAGCGCAUUUGAGUAUAGAGAAAAUUAUUUAAGAAAAAAU